GCGGCAUGGCGUCAGUGGCUGUGGACCCUGAAGGCUGGUUCUGACUCUGGACUUGACCUGGACGGAGGGCGGGAGAGCCAGCAUGUCUCAAUGGAAUCAAGUCCAACAACUAGAAAUCAAGUUUUUGGAGCAAGUAGAUCAAUUCUAUGAUGACAACUUCCCAAUGGAAAUCCGGCAUCUACUGGCCCAGUGGAUUGAGCAUCAAGAUUGGGAAGUGGCUUCUAACAAUGAAACCAUGGCAACAAUUCUUCUUCAAAACUUAUUAAUACAAUUGGAUGAACAGUUAGGUCGCGUUUCUAAAGAGAAAAACCUGCUGUUGAUCCACAAUCUAAAGAGGAUUAGAAAGGUUCUUCAGGGAAAGUUUCAUGGAAAUCCCAUGCAUGUAGCUGUGGUCAUCUCAAAUUGUUUAAGGGAAGAGAGAAGAAUAUUGGCUGCAGCCAACAUGCCUAUCCAGGGACCUCUGGAGAAAUCCUUACAAAGUUCUUCAGUAUCAGAAAGACAGAGAAACGUGGAGCACAAAGUGGCUGCCAUUAAAAACAGUGUGCAGAUGACAGAACAAGACACCAAAUACUUAGAAGAUCUGCAAGAUGAAUUUGACUACAGAUAUAAAACAAUUCAGACAAUGGACCAUGGUGAGAAGAAUAGCAUUCUAAUGAACCAGGAAGUUCUGACACUGCAAGAAAUGCUUAACAGCCUGGACUUCAAGAGAAAGGAAGCCCUCAGUAAGAUGACACAGAUCGUGAACGAGUCGGACCUGCUGAUGAACAACCUGCUGAUCGAGGAGCUGCAGGACUGGAAGAGGCGGCAGCAGAUCGCCUGCAUCGGCGGCCCGCUCCACAAUGGGCUGGACCAGCUUCAGAACUGCUUUACCCUGUUGGCAGAAAGUCUUUUCCAACUCAGACGACAACUGGAGAAAUUAGAGGAGCAAUCGACCAAGAUGACCUACGAAGGCGACCCCAUCCCCACCCAGAGAGCACACCUGCUGGAGAGAGCCACCUUCCUCAUCUACAACCUUUUCAAGAACUCGUUUGUGGUCGAGCGACAGCCGUGCAUGCCGACACACCCUCAGAGGCCGAUGGUCCUUAAAACCCUCAUACAGUUCACUGUCAAACUGAGACUACUAAUAAAAUUGCCAGAGCUCAACUACCAGGUGAAGGUGAAAGCAUCUAUUGACAAGAAUGUCUCAACUCUGAGCAAUAGAAGAUUUGUGCUUUGCGGGACUCAAGUCAAAGCCAUGUCCAUUGAGGAAGCCUCCAAUGGGAGUCUCUCAGUAGAAUUUAGACAUUUGCAACCGAAGGAAAUGAAGUCCAGUGCUGGAAGUAAAGGAAAUGAGGGCUGCCACAUGGUGACAGAGGAGUUACACUCCAUAGCCUUUGAGACCCAGAUAUGCCUCUACGGCCUCACUAUUGACUUGGAGACCAGCUCAUUACCUGUAGUGAUGAUUUCUAAUGUCAGCCAACUGCCCAAUGCUUGGGCAUCCAUCAUUUGGUACAACGUGUCGACAAAUGACUCCCAGAACUUGGUUUUCUUCAAUAAUCCCCCGUCUGUCACUCUGAGUCAACUCCUGGAAGUGAUGAGCUGGCAGUUUUCGUCCUAUGUUGGCCGCGGCCUUAAUUCAGACCAGCUCAACAUGCUGGCGGAGAAGCUCACCGUCCAGUCUAACUACAGCGACGGUCACCUCACCUGGGCCAAGUUCUGCAAGGAACAUUUGCCUGGCAAAGCGUUUACCUUCUGGACCUGGUUGGAAGCAAUAUUGGACCUGAUUAAAAAGCACAUUCUGCCCCUGUGGAUUGAUGGGUACAUCAUGGGCUUUGUAAGCAAAGAGAAGGAGCGGCUUCUGCUCAAGGAUAAAAUGCCCGGGACAUUCUUGUUAAGAUUCAGUGAGAGCCAUCUUGGAGGGAUCACCUUCACCUGGGUGGACCACUCUGAAAACGGAGAAGUGAGGUUCCACUCUGUGGAACCCUACAACAAAGGGCGGCUGUCAGCUCUGCCGUUCGCUGACAUUCUGCGAGACUACAAGGUCAUCAUGGCCGAAAACAUCCCCGAGAAUCCUCUCAAGUACCUCUACCCUGACAUUCCCAAAGACAAAGCCUUUGGCAAACACUACAGCUCCCAGCCUUGCGAAGUUUCAAGACCAACAGAACGGGGAGACAAAGGUUAUGUCCCUUCGGUUUUUAUCCCCAUUUCAACGAUCCGAAGCGAUUCCACGGAGCCACAGUCUCCUUCAGACCUUCUCCCCAUGUCCCCGAGUGUAUACGCUGUGCUGAGAGAAAACCUGAGCCCCUCCACGAUCGAAACCGCAAUGAAGUCUCCGUAUUCUGCUGAAUGACAGACAGCAUAAAGCGACUCUUUACAGAAGAGAGCAAUUGACAAUGGGGAUUGUUCUUGGCCAAAGACCACAAUUUAUUUCUUCAGCUUUGUAAAUACCGGUUUCUAGAAAAUGGUAGAAGUCUGAAGCUUUCCUCUCACCCCAACUGGGAGUGCAGUGACCAGAAUGCAAAAAAAAAAAAAAAGCAAAAAACCCUAAAGCUUCAGAUAAACGUACAAGAAGACAGCUUUAAGAAACCAGUGUUAGCAACAAUAUAACAGAAGACAUCCUUGCAUGCAUUUGUUUCUGAUUUCUGAUUUUAUUUCUCAGGUUUUAUUAAUGAUUUGGCUCUGAAAGCCAUGUUAACAUUUCGGGUGGGUCGAGAAUACAGUAUCAUGCCUGAAUUAGUCAAAACCACAGGAAGGGUUAGCGGAAAACCAGAUAAGAAUCAUUAAAGUAGAUCCCAGAUGUGGGGAAUGAUGGGGCAUGAACAGCAUGACUCACAGGGGUGAAUCAUGAAGCCUCCAGAUUGCCAGUGCAGCUCCAGCAUAUCUGUGAUGCUCAUGGCUACCAGUGCCCCUACAGGGAUGGGUCUCUCAGUAGGAAGAAGGAUCCAGAGUCAUCUCUGUAGGUGGGCAAAUGCACUAACAUUAAAGGCACUGCAAGUGGACAGAUGGGUAAAAAGUCUUAGGAAAUGAAGGCUGGGAAGCAAAUAACAGCCUGGACCUCGGAUUCCUGACGUCACCUGGAGGUUGCAUACUUUACAUCUCUAGAACACGUCAGACUGAAGGGGUUCAGCAAUCCCUUCUGAUUCCACGAGUCUCUGGUCCUGGUAACUUAACUACAGAAGAGCAAGGCGUUUGAGUCUCACUGGUGGAGAGAAGGGAGGUGCUUUGCUGACUGGCACUGUGGGUACAGAAGUUGCAGGUGUACUUUGGGCAGCAGUUCAGCCUAACUGUGGUCUGUGAUGUCAUUGCUUCCUCUGCCUUUGGC